GGACAACGGAAACUCACCGCUCGCACAGGAGCUGGCAUUUUUGUUGCACCUAACCACCCCCUCAAUCGGGCACUCCGUGUCCCCGGACCUCUCCAGUCUAACCAAGUUGGAGAACUGUCCGCUAUUAUUGUGGCGCUCCAACUGGUUGAUUGCUUCGCCCCUGUGACAAUCAUAUCCGCCUCCCUGUAUGCCAUUGAAGGACUCACCUCCCACCUGGGCAACUGGGAGGAUAAGGGCUGGAUUAAUGUCUCGAAUGCCCCAUUCUUCCAAGCUGCAGCUUACCAACUCCGUCGGAGAUCUGCAGCCACACACUUCCAGUGGAUAAAGGGCCAUAGCGGCCACCCAGGCAAUGAGGCUGCUGAUGCCCUUGCCAAGGAAGGUGCC